AUGAAUUAUUCAUCAUAUCAAAUAUGCUUAUGUUCAUUUCAUAUAAUAAAUAUUUUAAUGGAAUAUUUUAUAAAAUAUAAAUUUAAAAUUGAAUGUAUCAUUCAUGAUAUUACUGAUUAUAAACAACAUAUUUAUUCUAUUGAUAGUGAAUUACAUGAAAGACUUCAUAUAGUAUGGUUGGGAUAUUUUUAUGAAUUAUAUGUACAACCAGAUUCUUUAUAUGGAAUAAUGUGGAUAUUUAGUCCAUUGAAUGAUAAUUCACAAAUUAUAAAAACUAAUCUUAUAUGGUCAAAGAAAAUUCCAGCAAAAUUUCGAUUUUAUUGUUCUUAUUGCAAUCAUAUAUGGACAUCGAAAAAAGGAUAUAUUAAUAUAUUUAUUGGUCAUCGUCCAUUAAACAGAAUAAUUGAUCAAUCCGGUUAUAUAAUUAAUAUUUAUGAAUUUCUAUUCUCUUUAGAUCAACAGAAAUGUAUACAAUGUAAUUCGAAUAAAUUAAUUUCAGGAUCAACAUAUCCACAUGAAGUGAUAAAAGUUUUAACAUACAUUCGAAAUUAUAUUAUUAUUAAACCGAUUUAUUUCAAUACAACUCAAUAUGAAUUUCAAAUUGAAUUUUUUAAAAAUUCAUUUAAUUUUAAUCAACAAAAGUUUAAAAACAAAAUUACCAUGAAUUCAAAAAUCGUAUCCAAUAGUAACGACGAGACAUUUAAACAAAUCUGCUCAACGGAAAACAAUCAAUUCAUGGAUUCUUUAAAAAAUCCCAGUGAAAUUUCAAACUCCAUUAAAUAUUCAAAAAAUUAUUCAUUCAAUGAAACAAAUAUCAAAUGUAAUCAUCAAUCUUCAUUUAUUACUAAAGAAAAAUCAUCAUUAAUACAACGAUUAAACCAUAACAAUCAAGAAGGGAUUAUAACUAAAAAUAAAUGAAAUAACAUAAAUAAGAAUGAUACAGAUAUUUAUUUAAACAAAGAACUGC